AUGCCUCCAGUACGGCGUCAAGUCAUUACAAAAAACGAAAAGAAAGAACUGCGUCGUUUCUACUUUGGGUGUGUUGAAAAACCGUCGCAACAAAAGUUGAUGGCUUGGUUCAAAGAAAAGUUUGACAAAGAAUUGUCGCAACCGUCGGUUUCUCAAAUAUUAUCAUCUAAAUAUGAUUUUCUUGAUGAAACGAGCUCCGAAACAUCUGAAAAACCCAAUAUCCUACCCGCGAAAUACCCUGUUUUGGAAAGUGCUCUCGUGGAAUGGAUCCAGAGAACACAAAAAUCCGAUAUCGAUAUAAAUGAAGAAGUUAUCCGUAAAGUAGCAUGCGAGCUUUGGAAGAAAAUCCCUGCAUAUUCGAAUUUACCGACCCCAGAAUUUAGCAGCAAUUGGCUGAAAAGAUUUCAAAAGCAUCCUUCUAAUCUUCAUGAGAACGUGAAAGUAGCUGAUUCAGACAUGAUUUACGAAUUCGUAAAACAUUACCCUUUGGAAGAUGUAUAUUCAUUCGACGAAGUAGGUCUUUUAUGGAAGCUCGUUCCAGACAAGCCUCCUUCUAUCGAAUUUACAAACGGCAUCCGUCGAGAAAAAGCUCGUGUUUCUAUAGCAAUGUGCUGCAAUGCCCUCGGUACAGACAAAUUACCCCUAUGGAUUAUUGGUUAUUCAAAAGAGCCUCGCGCAUUUCGUUCCGCCCGUGUAAAUAUUCAUGCCCUUGACGUUGAAUGGAGAUCAAAUGGUACCGCUCAAAUUAAUAAUAUCAUAAUGCAGGAGUGGCUUAUUUGGUUUGAUCAAAAAAUGUCUGGAAGAAAGGUUCUACUUCUUUUGGACCGGCUUAGCGCUCAUGAAUGUGCCGUCGAAAACAUUCGCCGUACUAGAAGUUUUCAAAAUAUAGCCAUUUUAUGGCUCCCAAGAAGUUCCAACCUAACACAAAAUCCGUAUUCUAUGGGUAUAUUCCGUAAUUUCAAGGAAUGCUAUAGAAAUUAUUGGCUCCAAUACAUGAUGGAGCAGAUCAGUCUUGGUCGUGAUCCUUUAAAAGCUGUAAACAUACUAAAAGCUAUACACUGGAUGGUUGCUGCAUGGAAUUUUGAUGUUUCCAAUUCUUCAAUUGCAUUUAGUUUUCAACGUUCCGGCAUAAUAGGAAUAAAAGAAAAUUAUUCUGACGUAAAACCCCCAUCUUCUGCAAUCCAAGCUUCUGAAAAACUCAAAUCUUUGUUUUCUCAGUUUACAGACAUAAAAUAUCAGUCAAUCGAUCGGUUCAUAGAUCCUGUUGAAGAAAGUGUCGUCGACGAAGAUGCUGAUAUUACAGACCAAAUCGCAGCCGAAUUUCUAAAGGAUCGUGAUUUCGAAAGCGAUGAAGAGGAAGAGUACUUUGUAUCAAUUACAAUUAAGGAAGCCAUGCAGUACGUUAGCAUCCUACAACAAUUUGAAGAACAACAGGAAACGCCGAAUCCGGAGAUUGUAAAACAACUCUUGUACUACGGCAAGCUUUUGCAAAACCGACAGGAAUCCAAAGAUCUGUAA